GUACCAACCAAAAUCUUUGACCCACGGAGAUGUUAGGGUGCAUGUAUAACUACCGUACUCAGUAUAAAACGAACGAUUUACAUUUUGUUGGGGGGAUAACGUAUGUCCUCGGAUUCCAACAAUCCUAAAUCAGAUGGUUGGGCCUUUAACACUAAACUACAUUGUUAUGUUUCGGUGUUUUCUUCAAAUCUGGCACUUCCGCGUUAGAGUAUGUAAUUCGAGCACAUGUACGCUUUAAGACGGUCCCUGCUCAGCUGGUGUGUCUGUUCAAUCAUGGCUGCCCGUGUACUGACUAACCGUAUGGACCUGUGAGCUCCCAGUAUCUUUGGACCGUUUCAUGGAUUACAAACAGUUUGAAAACUGUGAAUUUUAGAGACAUGCUACCAUGGGGUAGCUUUCAUGAAUUUUGCCGGUUUUGAAGUUAAAUAUUUUUUCGUCAUGUCAUCGUUUUUCACACUAUAAUGGACAGUUCAGUAUCUGACCACGGACCCUUGCUGUCGAAGGAUCGUUCUGGGAGCAGCAGUAGUAUUUUGGUCCACAGAAACAUCAGCCAUGUCAGGGGGCAUGAGGUGGAGACUAACUUUAGUUUAAGUUUGGCAGUCGAGGAGGACGAUGAUGUCCAGUUUGACAGUAAGCCGCUUUCUUCAAGUAUUACAUGUCGCUGCCCAUACACUGUUUACUGAUCCCUUCUGAGCUGACCCCUACAAAGAUUACAUUGUCACACUAAAAUGUCCGUUUAUUUUGCUUGGAGAAUUUGGCAGGGGCGUACUCAAGGGCGCAUUGGCCAUGGCAUACCCUCUGACCACCUCCCUGUCUACCUAACAAUGAACCGUGCAGUGAAAUUGUUCAUGUCAAUGGAUCAAUGACAAGGUCAAACUGAACCUGUUUCUAUAGCACAGAGUGACAGAAAAACUAUAUAGUCAAGCCUAGAUGCUGACACCUGACAAACAUCAAUAUAUAAACAUUGAACACCCUAGGCUUAAGUAAAAAACAAAUAUUAUUUGGGGCGUAGCAAUUUAAUGUUACAUUUUUUAUAGGUAUUGAACUUCAAAUCAAAUCAAAUCAAAUCAAAUUUUAUUUAUAUAGCGCCAAUUCACAACAGUCGUCAUCUCAAGACGCUUUUCAAGGAACAAGAGCAGGUCUGGACCACGCUCAUUGUUUAACUUAAUCUGACAUUUUUCAGUCCUCUCCUACAUUUUCAUACCAAACUCAUCCAUAACUUGCAUUUUGGACUAUAGAUUGCAUCACAGCAUCCACAGGUCCUCCCUUAUCUAAGUUUAAACGUUAGAUGAAGUUCUACCUAGUGUUGGAAGAAAAUCUUUGUUUUUUCACCCCCUAUGUCCAAGAGCAAUCUGACAAAGAAGCCAGGAUAUUGUACUUAACAUAUAUAUAUAUAUAUCCCCGAUCAACAAACUUAAAUAAAUACUACAAUUUCCAAGCACAUUUAUAAAAAGGAAGAUUUAUAAGUCAUAUAUGUCAUAAUCAAAACUGAAGCAGAGGAUGCGUUAUCCUAGCCUGGCUGGGCCAUCCUGUUGCGUGAAUCACUUGCCAUUACAUCAAGUGAUUCACGCAACAGGAUGGCCCGGCCAGGCUAGCGUUAUCCAGACUUUUAGUUCAAAUCAGUUAAUCCUACAUUUCCCAGAAUGCAACUCAAUUGAGCCCACCCUUCCUGUUAGAUGCACCAAUCUUUAAAACUGCAUAGCCUUAGUCUAUAAAACAGGUUUGGUGACCAGUUCUCCUUUCGGUUUCUUUUGGUGAAAAGGACAAAUAAGCUUUAAUGGGCCUGGGGGACCAGCAGUGAAUUAAUUUCUGUGCCUGAACAUGUCCAGACAUGCCCCUCCACAUAUCCUGCUGUAAGAUAUUGUGGGCAUAAAGAAGAGUGAUGCAGCUGCAUGCCUCUCACUCUGGCACAGUGACUGAGUGCCUCUGCUUGGUUAUGUGUCUACAGAGCGUUUGUAGGUGGAGGAGGCUGGUGUGUGCUGGAGUAGGCAGAUAAGCAUUACAGCUGUGUACGCCCCCCUUAUGUAUAAACAAGAUCCUUUUUUGCCUUUGGGGUGAACGGAGAAGCACUUACACAGCUCUGGAUGCUUGAAAUAGGUGUUUUUAUUCACAAAAAUGGACCUAAGAGACAAAAACAUUGUUGAAAUGAUAGCAAAAGUUAUUGAAGAAGGUAAGACUAAGGAGAGUAAAUGUGAUGUUUUCAUGUGUACUUGAAUUUAAAAUCUAGUCAAGCAUAAUCUGAAGAGGUUAUUACACUAAAUUUUCCAGUUUUAGGCUUUUCAGAUAGCAAAAGUAAAGUGGAACAAGACACAGCGGUUAUCUGUUUAAGUAACCACAGCAUCCUCUUUGUCAUGGUUUCAUUUCUAUGCUCAGCUUCUGAUACAGAAAAUGAUGGUGAGGUGAUGAUGGCUGGUAGAAGGUAUCCAUCCAUUCAGGAGUUUGCCUCUGCGAUCCCCAACCACCUUCUCUUGGGGUCUUUGCUUGAGCACCUAUGCUUCGUCUACGAGAGCAACCCAGCCCGUUCACGCAUGUUGUUCAAAGGUAUGUGUGGAGAUGAUGUUCCAGAAUGGGCAGCUAGUUUAAAAACACUCUCAUUUGUUAAUGCUGUCUAAAAAUACUGAAAAAGAUGUUAUUAACUGGAUUAAAAUUCAAGUUAAUGUUUUUGUCAUCCCUCUGGUAGUCAUUGGCCAGCGUUUGGCAGCCAUGAACCUCCUCUCACCUUUAGCUAUCAGUGAUGAGUUCAGCACUAUCAGACUACAGCACAACAGAGCCUUCACUGAGCUGCUGCAUGCUGCUAGCUCUACGUUAUUUCCUCAGGUAACACAACAAAUCAAUAGUAUUGCCUUUUCGUUAUUGCUUCAUCAUAGUCUUUUUAGUAUCCAAACCAAGUGCAAACAAUUUUUAGAUAACUCCCUCCCCUGUCAAGGCCAUCCCUAGAUCCAACUUUGUUAUGUUUUGUAUGCUGGUAUCUAACAGAAUGACAUAAAGUGAUGGGUAUGCUAGAAUUGAAUUCACUAAAUGUGACCAAGGUUUUUUGACUGAUCAAUUAUGUGAGCUUUUUGUGACAUGUCAGCUUCUUUGUAUGCAAAAUAAAUUUGAAUUUGAGGGAACUGUAAAUAGUUUUUUCUGACAGGGAGAACUGAUCCAGGAUCAAGGUCUCAGUAUAAAAGCAGAAAAAAGCUUUAAAAUGUUCCCUAGAGAAGUUUUAAACAUAUGAGUGACAGCCAUGUGUUAUUCAUUAUUUCAAGUUUUCUUGUGUUGGUCUUUAUGUCAUUUGCAGGGCCAACAAUGCCUAGGCCCAAAUACACAUAAUCCUGUUCUAAGGUAGGCUGUAUUUUCAUAAUUUUUUGGAAUUCACAUUCAUUUUUUAGUAUAUUUUAGUUGUAGUGGAGAUAAUUUCUGUCUUUUUACAGAUCAAAGGAUGGACUCUUUCAGGCACAGACAUCCCGGUAUCUAGGUGAAUUUGAGGAGAUAUGCAGACUUGGAAUAGGUGCUUAUGGGAAAGUUUUUAAGGUAUUUUUACUCCUUGGACUCCCUAUCUAAUUUUAACCUCUUCCAGCUACUUUAGUCGAAAAUGAAUUCAGUAGAUCACCACAAGCAUGCUUUCUAAUCUCAGGUCAUGAACAAACUGGAUGGCCAGUUUUACGCUGUGAAGAAAAUCCUCAUCAAAAAAGUCUCCAAGGAAGACUGCAUGAAGGUUGGAUACAAUUUUAACUCAAUAAAUCCUGUAACAUCCAUAUGCCUGGAAAACUAUUGUCAUGAUACAGGGUGUUUCAUUUUAUUUGCAUUAGGUCCUCAGAGAAGUCAAAGUGUUGUCCAGCCUGCAGCAUGUAAAUAUUGUUGGUUAUCACACGGCGUGGAUGGAACAUGUUCAGCCUGCAACAUGUGAGUAUUUAAAUGCUGUACCUGGACAGGCUUGUUGGGCUUCUCGAUUAAACUGACAAUUAACUAUGUGGAACAGUACAACUAAUUGUUCUUAUAACAUACGCUCAAUGUUUAAACAACUCUGUUACAGCUCCUGACUCGUAUCUGCCAGCACUGGCAUCACCUGAAAAUCAAGACAGGUAGGAUCCCGGACACAGACAUCUGUAAAGCUGUUUCUGGUGUCUGAUUAUCCAAGUAAUGAAAACUCGGCAUAAUCAAUAAAGCCAGAUUAUUUGGAUCACCUGAAUAAUAUGCCACUUUGCCACAAGCAUUAACAGGCUGAGGUUGUAUUUUAUCAUGUGUAAAAGUGUCAAAUAUACUUUCAAAAAGUCAUCUGUUUAAAUGAUAGUCUUCUGCAUGCAUUUAUGGAGGAGCCAUACAAAAAUAAUGCUUACUUGAUAAAGAGUUGUCUUUUUAUUACUGUAGCUAUAUUCACCUUCUCAGCCAUAAUAUUGCUACUUGUCAUAACAAUCAGAUUUUUUUUAUUUGAUAAUGGCAUCAUAUCCAUCUUUACAUAUUUAUCUACAGCUCUUUUGAGAGCCCAGACAGCAGCAGCAGCAGCAGCUCUUCCAUCAUUUUCCAAAGCCUCAGUCAAGCAGAGGCUUCCCCAGGUGCCAAAGGACCCCUGCAAAACCAGCCGGUUAAAGCCUUAGUCCAAGCCCAGGAGAAAGGACAGGUAGUUUGCCCCAAGACGAUGCGCCGCAUCCCUGAGCACUAUGUCCCCUGUGUGUUCUUGGGACAGCAAGGCCCCAUAAAUGCAUCCAAAUGUCCCGCCAAGGAUUGGGACGGUUCACCACUGCUGGAAGAGGAAUUCAGCAGGAGCAGUAUGGAACUGAACAACAACUCCUACAUCAACCAAGACUGUCAGCAGCUGGCUGACAAAUGCAAAGCAAAGCCUUCCAAAGAGGUAGGAGACCAGAGAGACUUUAAGUCAACAAAGAGUAUAUAAGACAUAUACUGAUUUUUUUAGACUUACAGCCUCCUAGAAAUGAAAAGAGUGAUUAUUUGGGAAAUCUGUUUAAAAAUGAGGUGUAAUUUUGCUUUAUUUGCAGGUACAGUUCCAGCUGAUGCUCUACAUCCAGAUGCAGCUGUGUGAGCGCUCACUGACGGACUGGAUCUCUGAAAGGAACUACAAGGCCAAAGACGAACAAAGCUCAAGAUGUAAUUAUUCAACACAUUUGCUCUUCUAUAUUGAUUAUUUGUUCAUCUUUAUCGCCAAUCAGUCUCUUAUCAUCAGAAAUAAAUAUGAAAAUUUACUUUAUACCUUGAAUUGACUUAACUUCUGAGAUUUGAAUGAAAAAAUGGUUAAAUGAUAGUAUCCUCAAUAUAUUUUGCUUUCAGUGCCUUAUGGGUGUGUUGAUGCUGAACACACACUCAGCCUUUUGAGGAGGAUACUUGAAGGAGUGGAGUAUAUUCACUCCAAAGGAAUCAUGCACAGAGAUCUGAAGGUGAGGUGCUUUUUGCAGAUUUUAUUCAGUCCGCAUGUGUAAGGCUCAUCAAAUUACAUGUCUGUCAAACCUCCUGCUAACUCAUGCAUGUGUCAACUAGGAGUCCUAUCAUAGUAGUCGUUAAAUAAGUCCUGUUCACCAUCCAUCUCAAAGGAAAUGUCAUACGAAUUCUCCCAGUUGUUGAACACAAAGUCGAAAAUCUUCUCAGGCAGGAUUUUUCUCACCCCAUCUCUUUCGUCUUGAACAUACUUUAAAUAAAUGUCCCUCUUGCAAAUAUCUUGAAGCCUUCUUGGCUGCCGAAUGAGUUUGAGAAUCUGGUCUCUCUGUCUGAAGAAACAUGGUAAUGUGAGGGUGAAGGGCAGGAGGCCACUGUGGUUGUAGACGGUGAGCGGGGAGGUCAGACUGAGGAGCUUCUUCAGCAGAGAGUUUUUCUGCACAUUCGAUCUGUGGUUCAGAAACAGGAACAGGCAGUUCUCCCCUGAUGUGCUGAGCUUAUUGAUGUCUGCCCCGUGUCGGAGCAGCAGGUCCACUAGCUCCUGGUUGCCCAUGCUGCAUGCCUGCUGUAAUGGCGUUAUGCCGGCGUUGUUCACCGCGUUGACCUCUGCCCCUUGCUCCAGCAGUUGAGAGAUACAGCUACUUUUGUCGUUGAAGGUUUUGCUGGUUUUCAUGGCCACUGUCAUAGCAGCAAGGUGCAGAGGAGUGUUUCCAGAGUGUUUCACCCCCUAAAAUCAGGAGGAAGUGUACAUUUAGUGAUAAAACAUAUUACAGUAUUAUCUGAACUUGCAUAAAUGUUAUCUCAUUGCUUUUACAGACCUAUCCUGUUUACAGUCUGUAGGCCAUCAUCUUAACAAUGAGAAACGUUAGAUUAUACUUUAUUGAUAUUAUAAUGACAGAAAUCACUCAUUCACUUCCUGUUUUGCCCUGCAUUCAUAGCUCAUCAACUCUUGUAACCACUGCAGCUUUACUCUCCAUGCUCACUUUGUCCCUUUACUUAACUAACACACAUCGGAUCCUCUUUCUCUGCCUGCUGUGCUGCAGGUCUUCUUCUGUGCUCUAUGCUUGGGAUUUUUUAGUUAUCAUCAGAAACAACAAGCCUGGUCAAAUUACCUGUCAUCCUAAUGGAAUUGCAAGUGAAAUAUAAUGAGAUGUAUUUUUUGGAUGACUUUCAUCAAUAACCUGCUGUUGAAUAAACAGAGCAGACGCAUACAGGAAAAAAAGAAAAGAAAAGUUAAGAGGAAAGGUGGAGCAGAUGGAGCUGCUGUGAGGGUGCAGGAGAAAAAAGUAAGCAGAUAAAUGUCAUAUACGAAGAAAUAUUGUUAUCAGUUAGUAAAUUUAAGGGUGUGCCUUCUUUGAAAUACUAUUUUAGAUUAACAGCCAUUUUUCUGGGGCUACAACGUGCAUUUUAAAGAUUGGUAAUCACCCUCAGCUACUUUUCUUUGAUUGCAAGAAAGAAACAUUGUGCCUUUUUUUUAAGUAAAGUAAGACAAGAUCAUUUUAUUUAAAUAGCACAUUUAAAAACAUUGUUGACCAAAGUACUUAGCAAGUGUUUUGAAAGGUUAAGCAAAAACACAAGCAAAUACCAACCACCAAAAAAAAGAGAGAAGUAACACAAACCAUGUUAACAUCCGCUCCCUCCUUGAUCAAAGUCACGAUAAGGUCCUUUUGUAGCAUCCCUGCAGCCAUAUGCAGGGGUGUCAUCCCGCUGCUGUCCACAGCAUUAACAUUAGUCCCAAAGCUGGAUAGAAUAUGGACAGCAGAUUGAGCAGCAUAGCGCACUGACAGGUGGAGUCCUGUUUGGUGACAAUGUCCCUCCACCUGGUGGGGAAAGACAAGAAUCACACAUUUCAAGAACACUAUGAGAUGUUUUAUUACCACUCAUGUUGAAUUUCAUAGAUACUGUGCAAGUCAAGUUCUACCUCAGCGUUGACGUUAACACCAUGCUCACAGAGGAGCUGCAGACAGGCCUCAGCCUGCCUCCUUGCACUGAUCACAUGAUUUGGGAAUUUGGAUCCUGGUUUUGGAAAACUAGUAGAAAUUUUUGGCCAACUUGCUAUCACCAGAUGUAGAGUGGUCCGACCAAGAUGGUCCCUGUGAUGGAGGUAGAGACAUUAAGAAAAUGCAGAUGGAGACAUUGAAAUUAGAAAUAAAGGUAAGAGAUGAAGGGCAUGUGUUUGAAGCGGACAUCACUUUCAUGAGUCAACCUCUCUUUAAAAACCAACAUAAAAGCAGGCUCUCACACGCUAUACUUCUGAUGUGAUUUUGCCUGGACUCUUUAGUAUCUACAAGUGUGAUGUUUAGGGUGUACAUCUGCGGAGUGUGCGUGUUUGUGUGUGUGUUUAUGUCCAGACCUCAUUUCAGGGUCUGCCCCUACAGACAGGAGGCACUGCAUGCUCCUCAUUCUUCUGUGAGAAGCGGCCAGGUGGAGAGGGAGGAUUGCAAAGCCCUAAAGCAGGACAAGAAAUGACAAGAAAAACUGGAAACCUGUAAUAUGCAAAUAUUUUGUGGUCUUGCACAAGUCUUUUUUUUAUUUUUAAACAAUUUUUGCUCUUUUAUUAGAAAAUCAAAGAUCACAAUAGGGUGCACUUUUAAAGAUUAAUUUACCCAUGCGAUAACUUUCAAUCUGAAGCAAGACUGUUAUAUUCAAUAAAUUGUAGGAAUAGUUGCAUUACCUUCCAGAAAACUUCUCCUGGUGUACUUUGCUGCAUUUGGAUGAGACAGUUGUUCCCAUACUUUCUUGAAAAGCCCUCUAUACGUCCUUCAUCUUCAUCCAUAACUGCACUGUAGAAUUCAUUAUUGUGGAUGAUGUUACUGCUCCUUUUGUCAUGAACCUCGCCUUCGUCCUGCAUGACAGCCUUUAAGACUUCUUCUGCUGCGUGUGUUCAGUCUCUGUACACAUCCGCAGUAGUUGAAUCUGGUUCUUCUGGUUUGCUGGUGCCUCACUCAUGGUGUCAGUAAAUUAGACAGCCCCAAGAGGACAGUCGAGGGCUAUUAGCUACAUUUGUUUCCUGUGUUUGGUGGUUUGCUAAGCUACUUCUCUUUACUGUGUUGGGUGUUCUUAGCCUGAUUUCAUCAUGUUGCUUUGAGAGUUGCGCGUCUAAGUUUGGCGUGCAGCCUUCCUGUUACAGCUGAUAACUUUGUACGGGGCCAAUUACAGGGACGGGUGACACCUCCUCUGAGUCAUAUACAGGUCUUGUACUUGACAAUUUUUUUUUGUAAAAUGAUGCAGCUGGAUUUUUCUGGUUCAUCUUUACUCUUUGGUAAUGGCUUUAUCUAGUUGUUUUUAUUAAUAUAAUUUUAUAUAAUGUCAUGAUCAGACUCAGCUAUAGUGGUAAAGUAUGUUUGCCAAUGACUGGUGAAGUUUGCUGUUUAUGUACAACUAUCAAACAUAAAAUUGUUCAACUAAUUUUUAUAAAUAUAUGUAAUACUGUAGUGUAUGGUGAGUGAAAGGAUGCAGAUUUAAAAAUGAGAAAUACAUAAUGAUAUAACAGCAACAUUUUUAAGUGACAGUAUGGUUAGAGAAUAUGGACAAGCUGCCAACCAGUCAGUCACAACACCAGCACCAAAGCUCGUUUCUCGUUGUUUACCAGUUUUGGUGUUCAAAAUGAAACCUAAAUAGGGGUGUGGUUGCCUUGGCAGGAUAGGAGCAACGGUUAACCACCUAUGAAUCAAUCCAGUCAUAAAAGAGAAGUACUGCUUCGCUUCCUAGUUGACAAGUUUUAUUAUUCAGUGAUACUUGGUUGUGAUUGUGCCUACCUACUGACUAAACUGAAGUGAACAUGUAAGUUUUGAGAAUGUAAGCUCUGAGCACAGGGAAGACAAAAAUGCACCACCACUGUGUCUGCAUGGACUCGUGAUACUGUUUUCUCCUCACAGGCUGCACAAAUUUGCUCACAAGCAGAGACAUUUUGCAAACAAGUCCUGUGAAAGCAAUGGCAGAGAUAAAAUAUGUACAAGACUGUUGUACAUGUACAGCCCCUCAAUAUCCUCUUGAGUAAAUAGUGUAUGCUGAUGUCUCAUUUGUUUGUGCAAGAUAUUGUUUGCUUUAUCAGACAAGUUCAAGCAGUUUAUGUAGGUAUGAAGGGUAAGCAGCUAAUAACCUGCCUGUUUCAACACCCUGAAAUGGUGUAAGUCUUGAAUAUGGGUAAAUUCCGUUCUGCUUGUUUUCUCUGCAGACCAGAUUGUACAUUGCUGUCUGUUCUUGUAGUUUUUGGCGACAAGGUCCAAACAAAACAGUGAAGGACUUGUCGAAAACAGAGUAGAGGUUGGGUGUGUAAAAUAUGGUUAGCAGCUGCUAAGGCAAGUUGAACUGUGUUGUAUCAUGUAUUUCUUAUGGUGUUAAGGAGGAAGAGUGUAGGGUUGCUGAAAGUCCACCAUCAUCUCUACAAUUUAGAGCAUGGUUCUGGCCACUCAGAGGUCCAGCUUUUCCAUCUCCUGUUUAGAUACAGACUAGUUGGACAAGGCUGAUAACAUUUGUGUCCUUUGCAAAGUUGAGGAGUUAAACAGAUGGGUCCCCUGAAGUGUGUUCAUUGGAGUUAGAGGGAGAAGGGCAGUGGGCUCUCCUAUAAAAGCCUUUAUUGCUAAAAUAGAAAAAAAAAGUUGUUAAGUGUAAUAUAAGGUAGUCUGAAACUCUAAAACUGAUUUUUGUCAUUGAUUCUUGUGCAAAACCAGUCGACUUUUCUAAAACAUACAUAUUGUGCACCAAGCUAAUUUGUGAAUCUUUAUUUUCCUUUUAGCCAAGGAACAUUUUCCUGCACGGACGUGACUGCCAUGUUCGGAUCGGGGACUUUGGUUUGGCCUGCAAGGAUAUGAUACUGGACAGCCACACAAGUUCUACCUCUGUCGUUGAUGGUAAUACUGUCCUGCCCAGUUUGUUAGGUGCAUAUGUCACAGAACAUCCAGUAGAUGGAGCCAAGUCACAUUUCUGGUGUAUUUUACAGAUUCGACACAUACCACAGGUGUUGGGACAUUUGUGUAUGCUGCACCAGAACAACUGGAAAGCUCCCACUAUGAUUCAAAGGUAAACAUUUUCACUUCAUCAUCUUGCAAAGUUAGUUUUUCAUCAUUGCUCUCUCUUGCAUAGCGGUUCAUGAAGACUAAACUUUGUUUUGUUGCUGCCUUGCUAGUCAGACAUGUACAGCAUUGGGGUACUGGCUCUGGAGCUAUUCCAACCCUUCGGGACAGAGAUGGAACGAGUCCAGACCCUUGGGGACCUGAGAGAGGGAAAAAUCCCAGACUCAUUUGUCCAAAGAUGGCCUGUUCUGUCCAAGCACAUACUAAACCUGACGAGUAAAGAGCCCAGUGUUCGACCGACAGCCAGCCAGCUCCUACAAAGUGAACUCUUCUGCAGUAAAGACAUAGUAUGUGUAAUACUGAUUUAUGUUACCUCUUACUUAUUAAUAUUAUGGGAAGUUACAACUAUUUACUAGCCAUAGAGUAUAACACAAUCAAAACCACAAUUUAUUUGAGCACUGGGUUUGUGACUGAAAUAUUUGGGAAUGUUAUUUAGAAGUACUUUCAUGUGCAGCCUUUGUUGUGCUAUAUGCACCACAAGAAUGUGCUGUGUUUAUAACAUAUUGAUCUAAAAACAUUUUCAGAACUUUAUUUUUUCUUUGCAGGUGAUCCAUGGUUUGCAGAGAAGGGUUGAAGAGCAGGAGGAAGAGAUCAUGCAGCUGAGGAGACAGAUCAGUCAGCUCCAGAGCUCACAAGUCCCUGUUCACAUCUCUCAGGCAGACAAAAUCUGAGCCAGACAAAAUCUCAACCAACACAGACUGUUCAAUUUCCGUUUGCCAACCACUGCUGUGUUAUGCUUUGUACACAAGCUCAAGCGGUGGUGAGUGCGUGAGUGCAUGUGUAAGCAUCUGAGUGUGACAUGUGUAGAAGAAUGCAAGUGUGUUAUUUAUCUUUCUUUUAGCUGUUUAAUUAAACCCAAUUUCUGCUAUUGUGAAGAUGCAACAUGUGAUUUUUGAACACUUAAUUUUAUACAUUAGAAAUAUUGCACUUGUGACAAAUUGAAAAAUUGACAUAUGUGCAAAAUCGACAUGUCACAUGUAUGUAGAUUUUUCAUUCUGCAGUUUGAUAAAGUAAUUUUGGACACAAAAUACCUUGAAAUUGAGUUUGGAGGGAUAAAUGUCUGUUUUGGUGUUUCUUUACAUAGAUGGACAAAGAAAUUUCUUUGUACCCUGGUCUAUA